AUGCCGCCACCAAUUCGUACGCGUGGCGAAUCAUCCUCACGCCACGUUAACCCAUGGGAACGGCCCGCUACUUGGUGGGUAAACAAUCUGCCCCGUCCGGACUCACCAUACGGCAUUCACGACGAUUACGGCGUGGGCGAAGAGGCCCCAGAGGUAUGCUCGGCCAACGAGGACGAGGAGCUUGACCCGAACAUCGCGCGGACGAACGUUGAGUCUGGAGGUACUUCCGCGGCGCCGACCUCGCGUACAACUUCCUCGCAGCCGCGCUGGAGUAAGGAGGACGAGAUGCUGCUGAUGCAGGAGCGAUACGAACUGCACGUUAAAGGAGAAUGGAGCUCCAUGCAUGGAAUGCAGGGACAGAACCAGUUCGCCAAGCUCCAUCGCAACUUGCUCGCCCGCAAUCCUCGGUGGCGCCAUCCUGUAUCCCACCUGCGACCGAAGCUGCGUCGCAUGGAGGCUUGCUGGAACCGAUGGCGUGGGGUGUGGAAGAAGUCUGGUGAGGGUCUUCCAGAAGGGUGCCCCUUAUGGUACGAGAUGGCGGACGAAUUAUGGCGGGACCGCGAAACCGUCCGCCCAUCGACCACAGUGGAGAGUGGUCCCGACGAACCCACCGUCAACGGCCCGAACUUACCCGCCGAUACGCCCAUGACUGAGACAACAGACGCCCCACCUGUGACCCCGCUCGUUGGAAGCGAAAGCGGACCAACAACACCGCGCACCGUAUCCGCGCGCGGUCUGCCAGCCGCACCAGUGAGUGCCACGGGAAACGACUCAACUGCCGACGCUGGUAAGAAUGUCCUUCAACAAUUCAUACGAUUAAUAUUUCUAAUCCGUUAA